CAUUUAAUUGAAUACUGCACAACACGUGCACGCCUCAUUUUUAUUUGUGUUUUUAUACAUUUAAACAAUUAGCCUUUCUAAAUAUAACAUAAUUUUCGGGAGCAGUUUUUAUAAAUUCACUCACCAAUAUGGGAAAGAAGACGAAAAUUGGAAAAGCGCGGAAGGAUAAAUUCUACCAGCUCGCGAAAGAGACGGGCUUCCGUUCGCGUGCUGCAUUCAAGUUAAUACAGCUCAAUCGAAAAUUUGGCUUCCUCCAGCAAUCGCAAGUAUGUAUAGAUUUGUGCGCUGCGCCUGGUGGUUGGAUGCAGGUAGCCAAACAAAAUAUGCCUGUUUCGAGCAUUGUGGUUGGUGUGGACUUGUUCCCCAUACGUCCAAUAGCUGGUUGCAUUAGUCUUGUUGAAGAUAUAACCACGGAAAAAUGCAAGCAAUCGUUAACCAAAGAAUUGCAAUCGUGGAAAGUCGAUGUUGUGCUGCACGACGGUGCUCCAAAUGUGGGUCGCAAUUGGUUGUUUGAUGCAUAUCAACAGAUUUGCUUGACACUGAACGCUUUAAAACUCAGUACAAAUUUUUUACGAAAUGGCGGCUGGUUCGUUACAAAGGUGUUCCGUUCAAAAGAUUACAAUGCUUUGUUGUGGGUACUAAAACAACUGUUCAAAAAAGUACAUGCCACUAAACCAAGCGCUUCACGUAAGGAAUCUGCCGAGAUAUUCGUUGUGUGUCAAGGCUUUUUGGCGCCUACUCGCAUCGACCCACGUCUGUUGGACCCCAAGUAUGUGUUUGAAGAGCUGGAUUUAGAAGGCAAAAAGAAGAACUCAUUGCUGCAUCCCGAAAAGCAGAAACGCGUCAAAGCUGAGGGCUAUACUGAAGCAGAUAUUGCGCUACGUAAUGAGUUGUCUGCUACAGAAUUUAUGCAAGCAAGCAGUGGCUUGGGCGCCUUGCAGGGUAUUGGUUCAAUAGUCAUAGACGAUGAGCGCAUUGAAAAGCAUCCGAAGACAACUCCAGAAAUACUUGAGUGUUGUAAGGAUAUUAAAGUCCUGGGACGCAAGGAUAUUAAAGGACUAUUGGCAUGGUGGAAAGCUCUAAAAGAUGACCUAUUUAAGCAGCCCGAAAAAGAGACAAGUGUCAUAGAAGAGGACGCGCCGAAAAAGGUGCUUACACAAGAAGAAAUCGAGGAUAUGGAGGAAGAAGAGCUGCGACAGCAAAUAGCUGAACUUGCCGAGGAAGAGCAACGUGAUUUAAAACGCAAGCGAAAGAAGGAGCUCAAGUCAAAGCAAAAACUACAUGAGAAGAUGAAUUUGAAUAUGGUAAUCAAAGGCGAUGCUGGACCACAAGAAGAGGCCGAGCUAGAAAUAUUCGACUUAAAGAGUGUCAAAACACAGCGCGAGCUGGACGAAAUGUUGGACGUAGUACCCGAUUUUGAUGUAGAGGGCGAGCCAGUAGAAGUGCCAAAAUUACCGAAAUACAAAGUUUAUGCCAAGGAUGAUAAACGUCUGGAUGAUGACGCGAACUAUGAAAACGACGAUGAGCCAGAUGUGUCGGCUGAAGAGAAUUCCGAAAGUGACUACGAGAAAGAUAGCUUGGGAUUAAGCGAUGAUGAAGAUAAAACCGCAGAACCACAAAAGAAAAAGAAGCGUACGGAGCAUCCUCUUAUUAAAUCAGGAGACUUCAGAGAUAAGGACACAAAACGGCAGCAACGGGUGCAACUUUGGUUCGAAAAGGAUAAUCUGCAACAGAUCGAUACUGAUGAUGAUGAGGAUUAUGACUUGGAUCGCUUGGCAAGCGAAUACAAGAGCAAAGGUGUCGCGGUAUUAGGUGAGACGCAGAAAAAUAGCGAUACAGUAAAGUUAGCGCUGGGUAAGAAAUCUAAGCGGCGUGCCAGGCAUGACAAUUCAAAAGAAGCAUCAAGUUCGGAAUCGAGUGAGGACAGCGACUCGGAUGCUACAGUAGAGGAUGAUGGUGAGAAAAACGGCAAUACAAAAAAAGCUGCUAGCAAUAUGGCAAAAGAGCCAAAUGCAAAAAAGAUACGACUCUCUGAGGAAGAGCUCGCCCUUGGCGCAAUGAUGAUUAAGGGAAAGAAGACUAGGCGCGAUCUUAUCGACGGUGCUUGGAAUCGCUAUGCAUUCAAUGAUGAGAAUCUACCUCACUGGUUCGUGCAGGAUGAAGACCUACAUAUGAGAAAACCAGUGCCCGUACCAAACGAAAUCGCAGAAGAGUAUGAACGUAAGGUGCAGGAACUAAAUGCGCGUCCCAUCAAGAAGGUUAUGGAAGCAAAGGCACGCAAGCGCAAGCAUGCCCUCAAACGUUUGGCGAAAGCAAAGAAACAAGCUGAGAAAAUUAUGGAUGAUGCCGAUGCGACAGCGCAAGAGAAAGCCAAGCAGCUAAGAAAGAUAUACAAAAAGGCGCAAGAAAAGAAGAAAGAAAUUACGUAUGUUGUAGCGAAGAAGCAUCAAGCCGCAAAACGUGCGAGAAGACCAGCGGGUGUAAAGGGACAUUAUCGUGUUGUCGAUCCACGCCAGAAGAAGGAUAAACGCGCAUUAAGCGCGAAAUCUAAACGCGAAAAGAAGCGGAAGGGCAAAAAGUAAUAAAUAGGAAUGCAACUCUUUAAAAACUAUCUGGAUUUUAAUAUAGAUACUAUGUACAGAAUUACAUAAAUAAUAGUUGUAGUCAAUAACGAAAUAAAUGCACUCAUAAUUACAUGCAUGCA